AUGCUAACUGACUUUGAUGAUGAAUCGAAAAAGCAAUUAAAAUCAUUAUAAAUUUAAAUAUUCUCAAGAGCUUGUAUAUUUAUAUUUCUUCAAUAAUUUCAGUAUAUGAUAAAAAGAGAAUCGCCAAAAUAGCAAUUAGUAAAAUAUUGCAUAAGUCAAUAAUUUCCAUCUCUUAGGAUUAAAUAAAUAGAGGUAGGGCAAUAUAAAAAUGGUGAUGAUACCACAGUCGAAAUAUUCUUGCCUUCUAAAAAAAUUAUGCUAAAAUUAUGA